AUGCCCAAAACUGACUCGUUCCUGCCUUCGAACUUGGUCACUGGACUUCCCUCCCCAAAAGCUAUCACCUCGGAUAAGAGCACCUCCUACAAGACUCACAUCGCUCAAGAUGAUACAUUCCAGAACAAGUUCGAAGCCUUGGGCGUCAGCACCGAUCUCGGUGCAAGCUUUCUCGCGGGCAUGGUAACUCUAUUUGGCGCUGGCGGUUAUCUGGUCUUUGCUCGCCUGGGCAAGCAACACGUUGAAGGCGCUGUCUGCCUGGAGAUCGCGACCGAGAAAGUCAGCUUGGGCCCACGGCAUAUUGAGCCGGUCAACGUUUCCGCCGACGCAUUUGACUCGAAGAAUGCCACUCACGUCGUGGUCGGCAUCGUGUUCGGCGUCAAAGUCGUCUUCGGUGCCAGACUGCCAUCACAGGAGGACAAGCUCCAGACGCAGCAUCAAAUGGACACCAAGCUGUCGUCUCUGCGUUCUUGGUUGGAUCGCAGAACGUCUGCUACUACCAGCAGUAACAUCGACCAUGCACCUCUGGAUACACUUGAUGAGCAUCUUGAUGAUAUGAAUUACGCGAUCUUUUCCGACCUUACGGACUGGGAGCGCAUAUACAACCUCAGCGUCAAGGACAAAUCUGAGUUGAUGAACGACCUCCCUAAUGCCUUGAAGCGAGCCGACUAUGGUAGGGGCGAUCCGAUCGCGUACAGCCUCGUCCCAAUCGAGUACAUGCGCUUAAUGCUGGGUGUUCCCUCUCACCAACAGGCUCCUGUCCAGCAGCCUGCAGGUGCUCUGCUCAGACAAUUCAUACACUUUUUCGAUCAAUGGCAAGAAGUGGAAAGAGACAUCAAGAAUUUCCAGGAGAAGCGCAUGACUGCUACGCUCCCUUGUACUGAUCCUGUCAUCAACCUUCUAGAGAGAACGCUCAAAGCGAAGUCGAGCAUGAGGGAUGGAUUUCGCGAGGCUCUCAAGCACGCCAGAGGCGCUGCAGACCCCAAUGAUGCUCUUACCCGCAUACUACAUAAAUACUGUACCUCCACUGAAUCCCCAAAGGCUGUUCAAGAAAUACUGGCUAAAGAAGCUGGAGAUUCGGAGUUCAAAGCAGGAGUUACCGGUAACGGCGGCCAGUACACUGACUUCGCAGGCGCUCAGCGAGCGGUGUCGGUUAGAAGCAACAUCUACAUCAAGUACUCCACUGAAGACAUGAAAAGGGAGAAGACAUCCUGGGAGGCCAACCAAAGAAUCAUUUACAACCUCCUCAAACGCAACCCCGGAGACUACCUCGUCGCCGUAGCUGAAUGCAAGCCAAAGCAGCUAGCCUUCAACAAGGCGCGUGUUACGUUCUAUUCUAGAGGGGAAGCAACCAUUCACGAUAUGCUGGACAAUGUGGAUCUCGUCGACCAGGCGUUUGCUCGAUACGAUGCCAAAAGCCUGGAUACAACUGGGUGCCACCAUCCUACUAACCGGAGACCAGUCAGCCUUGCCUGUCCCGGGAAGAACUGCAAUCAGAACACGCUCUGCUCCUGGACCUGCUACAAAUGCCGCGUCCCGUUGAAGUACUCUGAUGAGUUCAUAUAUUGCGAUUGUGGGCGAGCGCCGACCAAAGCAUAUUCGUGGCAAUGCAACUCGGAUAACCACGGCAGUGGUUUCACCAAGUACCGCCUAUCGAAGCUUGGUCCAAACUUGCAGGCGUUGGGCUCAUACAAGGAGGUCAAUAUUCUCUUGUUGGGCGAGAUGGGUGUGGGCAAGUCAACGUUCAUCAACGCGUUCUACAACUACAUCUUCCUUCGAGACGCUUGA